UUUCGGCUCAUGCCUGACGUUUUGAUUUGAAGUCGGGCUGCGGUGGCACUUUGAGAGACCAGACUGUCUCGCGCCUGCCUUUUAUUGCCUCUCAGAUCCACAACUUCAAACAAGUGUCUAAGGUGUGCUCCUUUUGCAAAGUGGCGCUUGGGGGUCGUUUUUGACUUUUGCGCCUUAAUUCCUGGUUUCCUGUCGGCCUGAUCCUGUGCUGGAAGAGCGUGUGAGGCCUCACAUCGCCAUUGCCAGCUGUUUUGGACACUGCAGCAAGGAGGUUUGACUGGCAAAUAGAUGAGAGAUGACCCAUGCAUGGAUUAUCCUCACAGCGCCCCAAAAAUGGAUGUCCAGCAAAUGGUGAUGAGCCUCCGAGUCUCUGAGCUGCAGGUGCUUUUGGGUUACGCAGGAAGAAACAAGCACGGCCGCAAACACGAACUCCUUACUAAAGCACUUCAUUUGCUCAAGGCUGGCUGCAGUCCUGCUGUCCAAAUGAAAAUCAAAGAACUUUACAGGAGGCGGUUCCCGCAAAAAAUAAUAACCUCUGCAGACUUGUCCAUCCCAAGCGUCCACUCAACGUCCAUGUCAUCCCCCUUGUCAUCCUCUACCAUUCCACAACUUGCUUUCGAUGGCCACCCAGCAACCUCGCCGUUACUUCCUGUUUCUCUCCUGGGACCUAAACAUGAACUGGACCUGCCCCAUCUGACCUCAGCACUCCACCCAGUCCAUCCAGACAUAAAGCUUCAGAAGCUGCCAUUUUAUGACUUGUUGGAUGAACUGAUAAAACCAACCAGUCUAGCAUCAGAUAAUAGCCAGAGGUUUCGGGAAACCUGCUUUGCAUUUGCCCUGACUCCACAGCAAGUGCAACAGAUCAGCAGUUCCAUGGAUAUUUCUGGAACCAAAUGUGAUUUCACUGUGCAGGUCCAGUUAAGGUUUUGCUUAUCUGAAACCAGUUGCCCACAAGAAGAUCACUUCCCACCAAAUCUUUGUGUGAAAGUUAAUGGAAAACCAUGUAGCCUUCCUGGCUAUCUUCCUCCAACUAAAAACGGGGUUGAACCAAAGCGACCAAGCAGACCAAUCAACAUUACUUCACUGGUGCGACUAUCUACAACAGUACCAAACACAAUUGUUGUCUCUUGGACUGCAGAAAUAGGAAGAUCUUAUUCGAUGGCCGUCUAUCUUGUCAAGCAGCUCUCUUCGUCUGUGUUGCUACAGAGGUUACGAAUAAAAGGCAUAAGAAAUCCCGACCAUUCGAGAGCACUAAUCAAAGAGAAGCUAACAGCAGAUCCUGACAGUGAAAUAGCAACAACCAGUUUAAGAGUUUCACUUCUAUGCCCACUUGGCAAAAUGCGACUAGCAAUACCUUGCAGGUCUCUGACUUGCUCACACCUUCAGUGUUUUGAUGCCACCUUGUACAUUCAGAUGAAUGAAAAGAAACCCACUUGGGUGUGUCCUGUCUGUGAUAAGAAAGCACCCUAUGAACAUCUAAUCAUUGAUGGGUUGUUUAUGGAAAUUCUGAAAUACUGUACAGAUUGUGAUGAAAUUCAGUUUAAGGAAGAUGGUUCAUGGGCUCCUAUGCGAUCAAAAAAAGAGGCCCAAGAAGUGACAACAUCUUUUAAUGGUGUCGAAGGCUGCUUAAGUUCUUCUGUGGAUCAUCAGGUGUCUUCUCAUCAGUCCAACAAAAACAAGAAGGUUGAAGUCAUCGACUUAACCCUUGACAGUUCAUCAGAUGAGGAGGAAGAGGAGCCACCUAUCAAGAGGAGAUGUCCAUCACUGUCUCCUGUGUCACCCAUUAACAGCAAGAGCCUUUUAAGUCUGCCCCACCAAGUCUCUCCUGUUUCGAGAACUCCCAGCCUUCCAGCUGUUGACACAAGCUACAUCAACACAUCACUUCUGCAGGACUACAGGCACCCAUUUCAUAUGACUCCCAUGCCUUACGACCUCCAAGGUUUGGACUUCUUUUCCUUCUUACCAGGAGACAAUCAGCAUUACAGCACUUCCAUUUUGGCGGCCGCCGCUGCCGCCGUCUCCACUUCCGAUGAUCAAGAACUCUUGCACUCCCGGUUUUUCCCCUACACUUCGUCGCAGAUGUUCCUGGACCAGCUGAACACCGGAGGGAGUGCCACGCUCCCCGCCACGAAUGGCAGCAACAGCGGCAGCAACAGCAGCCUCGUGUCCUCUACCAGUAUUCGGGAGGCCCACAGCCACCCCGUGGCCAGCAGAGGUAGCACAGACCCCGCGUCUCUCUUCGGCGUCAUCCCAGACAUUAUUUCUUUGGACUGAGCUCGGUUGAGGUAUCCCUGGACUCGUGGGUGAAGAGAUUUGCGAUUUUAUUUCACCUUAUUUUUGUUUAGAAAUGCAGAUAAGAUUUUUCCUUUUUUGUAGGGGAAAAAAAAAAGACGUGUACAGAGAACAAAACUAUAUUUUCAGUUGUACUUUUGUAUAUAAACCUAAGAUAAUUUGACUGGUGAAAAACAAAGAAACAAAAAAAAUUACAAAAGCUCCCAACAUAAUUGCUUGGGAUAUGGAAGACUUUUCCCCUCCUGAUUUAUCUUGUGCGCUGGUGGGCUUGUUUUGAAGCUUUGAUUCUGAACCACAUAACUUUUUGUUUGUUCACAGCCGUGCUAAUGGGGAAAAUGGUGCGCUUGAAACACUGAACGUUAUAGAGGACUUCUGAUUCUUGAGGAAACAGACGGCAUCCACAAUAAUUGGAGAGAAUGUCUCCUUCCUUAGGGCCUGCUCAGUUGGGAAAGUUUGCCUGCACACUUGCUUUGAAACAAAUUCAACGUUUGCAAUUGAACUUCCGGCUUUUCUGCUCUUAUUUGUUUAUCCUGAAGUAGGACAGAGGCUGUAUGAGUUACCGAAAUUCCGUAGAGUUUUCUCGUGUGUCAGCUGGAUGUAGGUUUUUGGAAAGUCUUUUGGCUGUUUGUUCUGAUGUGGACCCAUAUUUCUCCUUUGGAUUGUUUUGAUUAGCUAGCUCUGCCUUGGUUUGCUCAUAAGCUUUCUCAGUUCUCUUCUUUGCUAACUGUUUGCCAUUAAGCGGUUAUUCCACUCCGUUGGAUGAGACCAAAUGGCUUCUUAAAGUCUAGGUGCCAGUGAGGGCACACUUGGUUGAGAUAGUUCCUUGGCAUUACCCUGGCAAUUGAAAGGUUAUGGCUGGAGUGCUAGAGACAAAGAAAUUGGUGGAAUUCUUAGAAUGUGUUUACUAAAUAGAGCCAACCCAUCAACAUUUAAGAGAAAUAAUGUAAUUUCAGUGAGUUUAUUGUGCAGCUGACAAUGUCAAUUGCCAUCAUAUGCACCAAUCCCAGAAAACUUCCUUUUUUUGGCUUGGGAAAAUGUGCCCUAUUGAAUUAAGUCAGAUUUAGCAAAACUAAUAUUUGAGUAAACAAUCCCUAGGCUUGGGCUAAAGAGUGGCCCAUUAAAUUAUGACUAAAAGGCCUUCCUUUCAUAUUGCAGCUUAUUGGAAAAUAAACAUUUACAAGAUUAUCGUCCCUCUCCUUUCCUUCAAAAUGUGUUAAAUGACUUCACCUUUUCUGAUCUGUUAAAUUCCUCUGACGGAGGAUGUGGGCCCUUUUAGCAUUUGUAAAUUCCAUACGAGGGAUGAAUAUUUAGUUAGAAAGCUUUUUUUCAAGUUGGCUGAUUUUUUAAAAAGCAUUUCUCCCCCCCCCCAAUUAAAUGACAAAGCAUGCAAGUUGGAAGGAGAUUUUAAAAAGAAAAUGACAGGGAAUGAGAAGUGAAAUUUGCUGCAGGCCAAAAUCUGUGUUGAGAUUAAAAGAUUUUAUAAUUUGCCUUUAAAACCAAGGUUUCAAAACACUGCAGAUUUCAGAAGGAGGAAGCCAAGUGCCGGCCUUUUUGUUUUGUCUUAAUCAGGAGGUGCCUGAGCUGCUUCUUUCAACCAUGGCUGCACAGGAUUGCAUUUUUUCCAAACUCUUCUUUUCAAGGCUCUCUCUCUUUCAGUGAAACUUAAAUCAGUGACAAGCUACCAAUUUUUAAUCUUAAGUGGUUUUUUUAUAUUGACCUCAGAAAUGUUAUAUUGGAUUUUCUGAAAUACAUCCCAUUUGCCAUUUACAUUUUAAUUUGAAUUUUAGGAAUGUUUGUUUAUAUGUAUAUGCGUGUGUAUAUAUGUAUUUAUAGAUAUGUGCGUGUGAGAGCGAGGGUGUGUAUUCUGUUCCAUGCAUGUAUUCUAUUAAUGUUUGGCCAAUGUUUCCUUGCUAGUUUCUAAUUUAUUAAAUGGCAGUAAAAGUUAAAGAAACAAGUAGAAAACAAUAAUAUUUUCUAAAUUCACUAUAGCUUGGGGCAUUAAAACUAAUACUGGCUUAAGAAUUAUACCGAAUGUUUAAAAUUAAUCCUUUCGGUGUUCCAAGUAAAAUUUGGGAAUAGCCAGAUGGAUGGCUGUAGAACAGAAUUGGUACCCUUCUCUUGAAAGUCUGUGGCCUUCAAUCUGACAUUUUUGCAUAAGUCCAAAUUAAUUGUUUUUGUGAAAUACUUAAAAUAUAUGUUCAAAGAACACACCAUAGCACAUUGCAAGAUGUGCACUUUCCAGGUUGUUAAGCUAGAGAGCGCGGGCACAGCGUGUGUAAAAAUGAGCUGCGGUCAUGCUCUGUUUACUUGUGAUGGAGAAUCAGUACAUGUACAGUAAAUGCAUCAGGCAUAAGUAGCCGUGUGAAGUUUGUUUGCACUGACCGUGAAUCGUACGUACUGUGAUCUACAUGUGUACUGGCUCCCCUGCUGCAUCUACCUUAAGAAGCUGAAUUUAUGCACUGCUUUGAGUGGGUUUGUAGGGAGGGUGUUAAGCUCUUUUUUGGGUGUGGGUGUGUGUGUGAGUGAGACCGAGGUGCAUUCUGGGCUUGAGAUCUGUCAGAAGAAAUUUGAUCUGGCUUCCAAUCUGAUGAAGAAUUAGACUAUGUUGCUGGAAACAUAGGAUUUCCUCCACGUUAAAUUGAGUUGAUGAUUAUGAAACAAAAGGUACCUCCUGCUGGUACUCCAGUAAAAGCCAUCUCGGGCUGUAAAGGGAGGGGAGAAGUUGCACCUGAAAGCAGCACCCGAUCAUUUGAAUGCGAGAUAUUCAGUAACGGCCCAAAUGAGAACUGGAGGGAGUUAAUUGCAGUUCUUCUUCUCUCAAUCUUUUCAACCUAAAUGAGACCUGGCCAGUUAAUUAAGUCAGAACAUGCAUCAGACUUUGGGAGUCACAGCAUAUUUCGACUACAGGAUUUUCUUCUGUAGUGAGAUGUCUUUGCCAAACUAAUUUUUGACAAUUGUAGAAUUUUUCUGGGAAGCAAAAAAGGUCUGUUUUGCUUAAUUGGACAAGGAAGAUCUACGGAUUUCAUUUGGUAUAUUUGCUUUUGUGGGGGAGGAGGUUUAUUCCCCCCCCAGACAGGAGAGUGUGUGGGUGUGUGCUUAUUAGUUGUACGUCUUGUUUGUACUUUGUGUACCUUAUGCUCUGUGCGUAUACACACAGAAGCAAGAGUCUUCUAUAAUAAGAGUGAUUUUGAAUCACUUCUGUGGGCAUUAACUAGAUGCAUUAUUUUCCUGCUUAAAAACCUGAACGCAAAACCAAAAUUGCAAGCAAAAUUCACAGUAUUUUAACUGCAUUCCCACGUUUUUUCUCUACUGAAACAGAACUAACGUAUCAACCUGAAGCUGAUUCUUACUAGUAAUUCUGCUGUAUUUUGGCUAAGCUUUCCCAUUAUAUUAAACAUUUCAUAGCUUUUUUCAUAAUUUGAAAUUAUGGUUCUUAUUUUAUUUUUCUUCGGUAAGAGCUUUGAUUUCUCUUGAACUAAAACUGCCAGAGGCCCCCAUGUGUGCUGCUGUUAAUUGUUCUGAUUAACAAAAGGGAAGAACCUGUGUAUAUAAAGUGAAAAACAGAAAAAGUGAUUCCAUAAACGCAGAUCUGUGAUUCAUUGCCUUAAACUUUCUCCUAAGUUUCCAUACAGCAUGCCAAACAAGUUUUAAAAAGUGGCUUUUAAAAAUGUAUAGUAGACCAAUGUCAGUUUGUAUAAAAGUACCAAGUGAAAAUAUUUAUUACAUGCAUUGGAAGAGAAAUGGUUUACCCUAUUGAAUGUUACUUGUUUAUGUAAAACAUCUUUAGAUGUAAUAAAUAACUAUUAUGUUCUCUCUUGUGGAUUAACUU